AUGUCGCUCAAGCGGCUGAUCGACGUGAAUACGGUCGCACAGCUGCUAAAGAACAACAUAAUCAACAAGGAAGGAGUUAAGAUUCUGGACUGCACCUACGAUCAUUCUCUUGUCAAAAAGAAACCCGACUGGAAGCAUUUCCAAAAAGAACUCUACGGAAAAUUCGAGAAAAUCCUAGCUCAGCCUUGUCCGUCAAAGCAGCAGUAUCUCUCUGGGCAUAUUCCAAGUGCGCCCCACAUAUGUAUGGAUGUUGCUUUUUAUCCGUCAGAAUAUGAACGAUUUGCGCUAUAUCCUCCUGAUGUCUUUCAGGAAUAUGCACAGGUACAU